AUAAACAAACAAAAAUUAAAAACACGAAAAAAUAUAAGGCAGUUUAGAUUGAUAGCGUCAGAAAUCUCGUGUGGAAAAUGCCGCUCAUUGCAUCCUCUGGGGACGCUGCGUUUGCACUGCUGAUGCAGAGAUCUCAUCAUUCUUUCAUCAACAAACAAAGUUUAAACCAAAACACGAACAAAUUAUUAUGAAGAGAGGCAUCGAUUGAGAACAGAAAACGCACGCGAGAGAAGAGAACAUCAGUUGCCUGGACGAGAGGAAAAGGAAACGCCGAGGAAGAGAGGAAUCGACGGGCAACCCGACUGGAGUCAGCAAAUGGAUGUACAUCCGGGACCUAUUUUCCGAGAUGUUCUAGUAAUUGAAGCGGGAGAACACAGGUGUGAUGCAGGGGCCAGUGAAGAAUAUGCUCAACAUCUAUUAAAGUGUCAUAGGACUUGUACUAGCUUGUAUGCGAGGACACUUAUUGUUAAUAGACCGAUUCGUGUGAUUCAGUUGUUACGAGAAUACGGAUUUUAUGGGGUUGAGAAAGUUGGUGGGUUGCAGUUGGACUGGGCUUUGAUCACAGCUCUAGUGGAGAGAUGGAGGCCAGAGACCCAUUCAUUCCAUCUUCCCUUCGGAGAGGUUGGAAUUACUUUACAGGAUGUAGAGGUUUUACUUGGAUUGCCCGUAGAUGGCAAUCCAUUGGCGGGGAUGACUGGCCGAUCCAGAGACCAGUGGAUUCAGAUUUGUGAGGACAUGAUGGGAUUUCGGCCUCAAACUUCCGAUAUUACUUCUACUAUGAUUAAGAUGUCUGCCAUUGUUCCUAAGCAACUAACAGAUCAUAGUUUAGAUGUAGAUUACUUGCAGCAUGCCAGAGCCAUUAUGUUUAAGUUGUUGGGUGGUAGCCUAUUUCCCAACACGACGGGAAAUAAGGGCGACGACGACUGGCGGCGCUCGACGGUGAUGAGCGGCGGACUUCCGGCGAAGGCGAAACAGCGGCGCUGCAGCUCGAUGGCGAGGACGACCGACGCUGGCAGUGGAGGCGACGACCGCGGCUCGAAGAUUGGGAACCGUGGUCGGCGGCGCUGGACCUGGCGGCGGACCUCUAGCGAAGGAAGCAGCGGCGAUUGGAAACCGUCGGCGGCGGCGCUAACCCUGGCAGUGGGCGACGGACUUCCGGCGAGGGAGAGGCUGCGGCGAUGGCUGGGGAAGGACGACCGAAAAUGAAGAAGAAGAAGAUGACGAUGUGCGGUUCUCGCAGAUCCGAACGAAAGAAGAUAGGUUUAGGUUUUAUUUAAUGAUCCCAUUCCUAAAAGGAUUGGGCUUCGGACCCAAAAUACCUGAUUAAAUGGUCAUAACAUGAGCUCCAAAACUCCGAUUCGCGAGCCGUCUAAACCGACGCGAUCACAAAAAUAUUUCCUACGAGAUGACAUAAAAGUUGGGCUUAGAAUCCAAAUUAUAAUUUUAACCCCUUUUUGGGCCCAAUUCGUAAUCAAUUGCUCUAACAAUU